AGCCUGACGGAAGCAGUCCAGUGAUCAUCCCGUGAGUAACAGUGACAUGAAUGUGAUGUGUUGUAGUAUUUGAAGCUCAGCUGGAUGAAGGUCAUAUCAUGAGUUCCGUGCAGUUUCACAGAUGGAUGGACACAAGAUGGAAGCUAGCCUAUAUAUCGCGAUGUCUAUUUAUUAACAUUACAUUUACUACAACAUGUACAGAAACUGAGCUUCAUUAACUAAAGGCACGAGUUCACUGGAUCGAGUUAUUUUACUUAAGACAAACUUACAGUAGACGGUGCUGCCGGACAAGAGGGACAUGUGCUCAACAUCACAAAUAAUAGAAUCAGAUUAGCGCAGUAUUAUGGCUGGACACGGAUACUGGAAGUAUAACAUCUGGAUUUGUAUAUUCACGUACAGGUUUAUAUUAUUUUCAGCCAAAUCACUGGAGACCAUCAUCUGGAGCGCUCAAAACCCAAAAUUCCAGGAGGGAAAAGGCCUGGUGAUCUAUCCUGAUAUUGGGGACAGGUUGGAUAUUAUCUGUCCUAAAGCAGACGACAACCAGCUGUAUGGGUAUUAUAAGCUGUAUUUGGUAAGGAAAGAGCAGGCUGAAGAAUGCAGCACGGUCCUGGACCCUAAUGUACUGGUCAACUGCAACAAACCAGAGAAGAACAUCAAGUUCACCAUUAAAUUCCAAGAGUUCAGCCCGAACUAUAUGGGACUGGAGUUUAAGAGUAACAUCAACUACUACAUCACCUCUACAUCAAAUAGCUCUUUAGAAGGCUUGGAGAAUCGCGAGGGAGGCGUGUGCAAAACUCACUCUAUGAAAGUCAUUCUGAAGGUUGGACAGAAUCCAAACGCAACUGCACCAGACCCAGAACAGACUCAACCUCUAAUGAUCGAAUCAAGUGUUAAUGUUUCCAUCGACACAGACUCAGACAGACCCGUGAGAGCCGGGAGCACAGAAACUAUCAAUCAAAAUCCCAGCGACACGGAUGAUGGCAUUCUGGGCUCCAUGAUCACUGUUUUCUCUGCCAUUGGUGCGGGUUGUUUCGUAUUCCUUCUCCUUCUGAUUUUCUUGAUCGUUCUGCUCAUCAAAAUUCGGAAGCGCUCAAGGAAGCCCACGCAACCUCGUUUGGCACCCCUGACCCUCAGCACCCUCAGCCCCAAGAUUAUGGGCGACGUCACCUCAGAACCCAGUGACAUGAUCAUCUCUCUACGAACAGAAAACACUUACUGCCCACACUAUGAACAAGUGUGCGGAGAUUAUGGUCAUCCAGUCUAUUUCUUACAGGACAUGUCACCACAGAGUCCGACCAACAUCUACUACAAGGUGUAGCGUUUCAUGGGAUGUCUUUACUUUCUUUGGGGGAAGUUUUUAUAAGUCAUUAGAAAACACACUUAAGUGUUUAAGCCUCAUCAUUCAGGAAACACAUGACAAAUAACAAUGUGUAUCCGGCAGCUUUCACAAGAAAUAAUAAACCAUUUCUGUUUUCUUUGUUUAGUAAGUAUUGUAUACAAUAAGUGCACAUAGCAGCAGUUUAGCAGUUAGCCAUCUCAUUUUACCAUCAAUAAAUUGUAUGGUCUAUAAAUCAGCAUUUUAUUACACAUUUCCCCCCUGUCCUCUAUAUCACUAUGGCAUAUUGUACAACCAUUUCUUGUCCAUGUUAUUUAUAAUCCAAAGAGACUCGAGCCAAAUCAUAAUAUAUGUAAACUAAAUAGUUUAGAAUGCAAGAGCCCUUGUUCUGAAACUGAAAUUUUGUUAAUGCUGAUGUUACGAACAGUUAUCUUGAAAAUGCAUUUUUUGAAACUGCAUGUGCAUUAGAAUGCACUUUAAAUGUGUACAGAGUGCAUGCUGGAACAUUAUUUGACUGCUGUUCACUGGAAACAUUAUUAUCAUAGUUUACGUCAGGAUAAAUACAUAGGUUGUCUGGCAUUCUUGUACAUCUUUUGUUGAACUUAAAAUUAGGUUAUCGUAGCAUUUACAGGUUUUAUGACUAUAAUAUUUUCUAAAAAAGUUAGAGGAAGCCUCUGUCACCCUCUAUCCUUCCUGUAUAUUAUAUUAUUGUGUCUUGUUUAUAUCGUGUAGAUUACAACAAUAUUAGAUCAAACAGGGCUUUAGCACAUCAUAUCGCCAUACAGGAAAUCAGAUUGAUAUCACAUUCAGGAAAUGUUAAGUGUUGAGAUCCCACAGGUGGAUGGUGGGUAAUGGGAAUGACUUAACAAAUGCAUUUGUAGUGGCUCGGUUGUUGCGCAUACCCUAAUAAUGUAAUAACUGUCAUGUUAGAUAACCAUUUAUCACUUAAUCUACCACUGCAUUUUCUGAAAAUUUUCGUACACUACCGCCUAAUUUUUUUUAACAACCAGGAGAACAUUCUGUCCCUUACACUUACUGUAUGUGUUGUUUCUUCCACAUUAAGCUCCAGGUGGAUAACAUUCUGUAAUCUACCGCCAUGUUUUUAUAUCUGCUGUUGUUGAGAACCCUCUGUUACUUCUCUAUUGAAAAUCUGGACUUUAUAACAUCUUUCACACACAUCUAAUGAAUUGAAGUAACUUGGUCAAGAACAAAAUAAUUGAUCAAAUGUUGACAUGUGUCAUGCCUUACUUUCACUCACUAUAAAAUCUGAAAUGAUUGAUGAUAAGUUCAGUAUCACUGCUUAAAUCCACUCAGAAAAAAUGUAAUCUUUUGGCCAAUUACACAGUUUUUAAAGGCACAGUAUGGGAUUCAAUUUCUAUAACUGUAAAGGCUCAGCUAGUCAUGCCCAAAUAAUAUUGUCACCCGGUAAACACAAGAAGGCUGUAAUUCACCUUUUAUUAUAAAAAUUCAUAAGAAUCCAACACUGCGAACCAGGGGUGCGUUUCCCUAACAACGAUAUAACUCGCUGGUUAACCACCAUAGUACAAUGCAUCGUUAGAGAAACUUACUAGCAACUCAUGACUGUUUCCUGAAAACAUAGUAACUUUGUCGCACAUCUGUUGUUUGAACCACGUUGGGUCAAGUUUUCUCCUACGUAACUUCGCCCAGGGAUUCCCCAGGGUCCUAGAGCACACCUAUCAUGCGCACUUUUAAAGAAACAGCGCUUCUAUUUUCUUGACAAACUAAAAGAUGUAAAAUUGAAUUUGUAUAUAUUUCGAAUGAUGGCUAUAGAAUGCACUGCAUGUUCAAAAGCUUGAUGCAUGUAAGUCUACAUGUCAUAAUAAUAAGGAACGCUUCUUCUAACCACAGCUCUAGACCUGUAGUUCCAGCCACGCAACUUUGCGAUGCUGCUUGCGAUUGAUCGUUGGAACGAUGGUUUUGGGAAACACCUAAAAUGUUGAACCAUGUUGGAACGAUGGAGCUUGCGACCAUAGUUGGCUUGCGAUGCUUUUGGGAAAUGCACCCCAGGGAGAUAUAUGUAAAUUUAUUCCCUUAGCAAUGCCCUCUAGAAGCUACAUACAAUAUAUCCCAGAAGACAAAAUAAUAAUUGCUAAAACCAAUGAAAAUGGAUAAAAAAUGGACGAGUAUCUCUUACCCUAUUCAAUCUAUAGAUAUUCUUGUAUACAGUACGGUGAGCAGUGUUAGGGCUGGGAGGAACCGUGAACAUUCAUGAAUAUUGAUCCAGCAGAAGAGUGGAAGAAGCCUACGAGCCUAUUUACUGAAAUAAAAUCAUGGUCCCAUGUCAUUCUAGUAUUGUUGCAUUCAGUUUUUGAAAACUGAUGUUUUGUGUGAUGUAAGGACAUUGCUCUGCGAGUCUGCGACCUAAAAAGUUAAUGAAAUGCAUAAACUUGAAGU